UCCUGUGGAAAUUUUCCCUAUUUCUUUUCAUACUCUGUUUUAACAUACCAUCAUGUCUUACAGAAGAGGUGGUGGUGGUGGUGGAGGUAAAGGUGGAGGCAAAGGCUUCAGUACGUGCUCAGUUGGUGGAUUUGGUGCAGGAAGAAUGAGUGGCUUCUCUAGAUCUGGAGGCAGCUUUGGAUCACGAAGUCUAACCCACCUUGGUGGAAGUAAAAGAAUUUCCAUUAGCGCAUCCAGCGUCCGUGCUGGGGGAGGCUAUAGUGGUGGUGGAGGAGGAGGAGGAGGGGGAGGAUUUGGUGGUGGUAUAGGAGGAGGAUAUCAUGGUGGUAUAGGAGGAGGAGGAUUUGGUGGUGGUAUAGGAGGAGGAGGAUUUGGUGGUGGUAUAGGAGGAGGAGGAUUUGGUGGAGGAGGAGGAUUUGGUGGUGGUAUAGGAGGAGGAUUUGGUGGUGGUGGCGGAGGGGCAAUUGGUGUUGGGGGAGGUGGAUUUGGUGGGCAAGGAGGUGACCCAGGCUUCCCUGUUUGCCCACCUGGUGGAAUCCAAGAGGUCACCAUCAACCAAAGCCUUUUGCAGCCAUUGAAUGUUGAUAUAGACCCAAAUAUCUCAAAAAUAAAAACUGAAGAAAGAGAACAGAUCAAAUCACUUAACAACAAAUUUGCUUCCUUCAUUGACAAGGUUAGAUUCCUAGAGCAGCAGAACCAAGUCCUAGAAACAAAAUGGCGCCUUUUGCAAGAACAGGGUCAAAAGAGUGUCACAAAAACACCAGGCCUAGAUCAACUUUUUGAAGCCUUCAUAAGUAGUCUGAGGAGACGACUGGAUAAUUUAACAAGUGAGAGGGGCCGUCUGGAUGGCGAACUGACCACUAUGCAAGAGCUUGUUGAAGACUACAAGAAAAAAUAUGAAGAUGAAAUUAACAAGCGGACUGAAGCAGAAAAUGAUUUUGUGGUUCUUAAGAAGGAUGUGGAUGGUGCCUACAUGAAAAAGGUGGAGCUGGACGCUAAGGUGGAUGCUUUGAUGGAGGAAAUCAACUUCCUAAGACUUCUCUAUGAACAGGAACUCUCGCAGACACAACAACAAGUUUCUGACACUUCAGUGAUUCUGUCUAUGGACAAUAACCGUGAUUUCAACAUUAAGGAUAUCAUUGAUGAAAUUAAAAACCAGUACGAGCAAAUAGCAGCCAGAAGUAAGGCAGAAGCAGAGGCAGUGUAUGAUGACAAGUACAAACAACUGCAGACGGUGGCUGGACAGCAUGGUGAAAAUCUAAAGAGCACCAAAAGCGUGAUUGCUGAUUUGAAUCGCAGGAUCCAGAGGUUUAAGGCUGAAAUUGAGAAUGUCAAGAAACAGAUUACAAGUCUUCAAGCAGCCAUUGCUGAGGCAGAAGAACGCGGAGAGCUUGCAUUGAAAGAUGCCCGGGAGAAAUUGACUGAGCUAGAAGAAGCUCUAAAGAAGGCCAAGGAAGACCUGGCCCGCCAGUUAAAGGAAUACCAGGACCUACUGAAUCUUAAAUUGGCUUUGGAUAUUGAAAUUGCCACCUACAGAACUCUACUGGAAGGAGAAGAAGACAGAAUAUCUGGACAAAUUGUCAACAAUGUCAGCAUCUCUGUGGUCAGUGGUGGUUCUUCAAGUGUAGGAUAUGCCUCUGGUGGUGGUGGAGGAGGAGGAGGAGGAGGAGGAGGCUAUGGCUCUGGAGGAGGAGGUGGAGGAUACAGCUCCGGAGGCGGAGGGUAUUCAACCGGAGGAGGAUAUAGUUCCGGAGGAGGUGGAGGAGGAGGAUAUAGCUCUGGAGGAGGUGGAGGAGGAGGAUAUAGCUCUGGAGGAGGAGGAUAUAGCUCUGGAGGAGGAGGAUAUAGCUCUGGAGGAGGAGGAUAUAGCUCUGGCGGAGGUGGAGGAGGAUAUAGUUCUGGAGGAGGUGGAGGAGGAUAUAGCUCUGGAGGUUCACAGGUUGGCUAUGGAGGUCGAAGCUCAGUGGCAGUUGCACAAACAGUAUCCAAAACAAAAAAAUCCUACUAAAACCAGCAUUAGCCUUCACAGGCAAACUUCACUAUGCCCCUGCCAUUCAGCCCAUUACUGAAGCUUGUCUAGUACAUUUAAUAUCAUACUGGUUCAUUCUCUAUCCUUAGAUCACGGGGAUACCCUUGAUUAGAAUUAUGUACUGCCAUGCUUCACAGGAAGACCUUGUCACUGAAUUUCCCUAGCUACAUCUGGGAAACACGAUACAUAUUCAGCAAUAACACAGUGAAAUAUAAAAAGCAAAGUCAAAUUAUAGAUCAAAUGUAUUGAUAGAACAUCUAUUUUAAACUCUUCAUUGUACCUAUGAAUGAAACUAGAUAUCCAUGCACUAUGUAUGAAUGAAACUAGCUACAAAUGUGGGGAAUAUGGACUACGUGGUCAUACAUCAGGGACUUGAAGUUAUGUCUUGUAGACAAAAACAACAAAUGCUAGCUGGAGUUUCCCUAAUUAUGACUGCUUAGUGUGUGUCUCUCUGUGUCUAUGUAGCACUCAAGACUUCUAAGAUGGGUUAAUGUCAUCAUUCCUAUUAUUUUUGCUUGUCUUUUUUUCUGAAUGUAUUGGAGGGAAUGGAUCCUGGGUGUUUUGUAUAUAAAAUUCUCUUAAUGCAUUGCUGGGUCUUCCAACUCCAGGCUAAAACUUCUUGACUUUUCUGUGAAUCUUCAAUAAACAGCAUGUGGAUCUCAA